AUGUCGCGCCACCAUCCGAAUAUGUCCAUGGAAACCUAUUACGGGAGCGUCCGCACAACCGCCGACGCCAUCAAGCUGUUCGAGGCCUGUCGAGUAGGCACUCUGCCCCGAGUACAACGCCGACUAUCCGAGAAAGAGCGGCAGGCCAUCCGACCGGGCUCGGUCUUCGUCUGGGAUGAGAGGGAAGCCGGCAUGCGGAGAUGGACCGAUGGAAAGUCAUGGAGCGCCAGUCGUGUAUCCGGGAGCUUCCUCACGUACCGGGAAAUGGAAGGAAAGAGGGCAGGAUUCGGCGGCAGGAGGAACGCAGGGAGGACUCCAGACUCGGCCCGCGCUAGUGACGAGGACCGGGGUUCGGACGAUCACCACGAAGGCUACAGGUACAAGGCCGAUGGACUCAUGAAGCAGUCAUUCAGCAUCACGACCUCUCACGGCCAACACCUCCACCUUAUCUCCUAUUAUGCCCGGGAUGGCCGGGGCCCAGCCAACUUGCCCGAUCCGUCGAGUGACCCAGCGCUCAGGCACGUUUCCAUCCCCAAGGGCAUCUACCCCGAGUCCAGUGUUAGCGAAACUUCGGUCCCGGUGACGACGAGAGGUCCGUUGCAGCGACACUCGCCCUAUUCGCAUUCAAGGAACGCUCCGCCACCGUAUCAUCAGCCCUAUGACCCCAACGUUCAUGGUCCUCCGCCCGGCCCUGGCUAUUGGGGACCCAUCUCUCCGGUCGCGACGCCUCCUUACAACGGGCAUCCCGUUCCGUAUCCCCCAGGACCGCCAUAUCACCCCGACGGCCUUCCUCCGCACGCGCCACCACACUAUGCUCACCACCCUCAACACUUCUCUCCUCCUCAGCACCACAUGGCUGCCUUGCCCCCUCCGCCUGCCGGUAAGCCCGGCAUCCAGCUCCCGCAACCGCAGCCGUAUCCGCAUCAACACGCCGUUCAAGCCCCCUAUCCGCCGCCGUUACCGCAACCGCCAUCGGCUUACCACUACCAACACCCACAUCAACAACUACCUUAUCACCACCAACACGGCCCACCCCAUCCGAGCCAACAACAACCCAUGCAUCACCACCAAGGCCCGCCACCUCCUCAAUCAUCAGGGGCAUCUCCCCUCCCACAACUACCAUCCGACGCUCAACACCCUCAACACCCCGAGCAGCAGCAACAACACCCACAACAACCACAACACCCGCCGAGAACCGCCCCCAUCGACUCACCAAAGUCCCAACAACUAAUGGCCGCCGCCCGCGAGACACUCAAUCUUGACUCCCGUCUAGCCCACGGUGGCCCGCUUCCCGCUCCGCAACAGUCAAACGGAAACGGAAGCACGCCCUUCUCCGGAUCAGGAGCCGUAUCUACGCCUCCUCUACCGGCUACUUCUUUGAACGGCGCGAACGGCGUAUCAUCACCUCGUCAUCACCAGCAUCAGCAGCAGCAGGAUUUGAAGCCCGUGCUGUCGCCACUGAGCUUACAUCCCCCGUUGGCCGCGCCACAGCCAAAUGGCGUGAACGGUCACAUCAAGGGACCCAAAAGUCCCAUUUCUGCGAGCACCAGACCUAGUUUGUCAGCGAUCUUGCUUCCGCCACCGAAUGGUGUCAAGACAGAACCGUUGUCGAACGGCGCUACGCCUGUCAGCGCCAAUGGAGUGCGCAGUCCGCUUGGGUCGCCUAAUGGGUUGGGACCUCACGGUCAUACGCUGGGAACUGGGCUGGCUGCGGCGCCGGAUAACAAGGCUGUUGAAGCGCUAAGGGCUUUGAAUAGGAAUUUGUGCACUUAG